AUGAACUGUCAACGCCAGCAACGCCUUGACACUUUGUUCUGCCUUCUCGUCGACGCCCUGUCCUACCAGUAUUGCAAUGUCAGACACUACGGAUUCGCCCCGCAAACCAUCGGUGACUGCGAUUGCGUUGUCAAAGAAGAACUUGCCAGGCUUUUCUCAUGGAAGGAAGACAGUCCACGCAGAGAUAAAGAUGCCGAGGACUCAACCGUGGUGGACGUGUCUACCAGGAAGUCCAGAAGGAAAGGCCGCAAGAAAAGGAGGGCUCAGGCUGUUGCGCAAGAGGAUAACGAAGCCAAUGACAGUCCAGCAAUACUUCCAGAGGAGAGUGUUGUCGAGGAUGUGGAAAGUAGCUUGAUUGCAGAGCUUCCCGCUGGUGCAGUAUCGUGUUCCAGCUCCGAAGAUGAGAAUGACGUUGUGUACAGUCUCAAGCCACUGUUCACAGGUGCAUUCAACAAUGCUGGCAAGAAUAAGAAGUCCAAAAAGGAACGUCCAGAUCCCGUCAGACAGAGGCCAAACUACUUUGUUGCACUGCAAAUUAAGGACGUAGGGGUGCACAGAGCAGCAAGGAGGGUCCAGGAACACCUGUGCUCCGUCAAGCCUGAAAUCGUGCCUUUUCUGAUCCCCAUAGCAACGUUGCACAUCACAGUGUUGGUACUCCGUGUUGUGGAUGACCAAAGUCUCCAAAGGGCCAAGGAUGCCUUGCACAGAAGUCAUGCACGCCUUAAAGACGACUUCGAGCAAGCACCGCUCACGCUGGAGUUCAAAGGAUUGGCCAACUUCGGUGGAAAGGUGCUGUAUGUCAAGACUGCCGACGAGGGAGCUCACAGGAGGCUGCAGACACUUUCAGACGUCUGCCUGGAGGAGUUCGUCAAAGCCAAUCUGGAUUUGAGUGCCCACAAGGACUUCAAGCCACACCUGACUUUGGCCAAACUCUCCCGGGUGACCAAGCGGGAAAAAGUUGUGAAAAGGAUCGAGGCAGAGUGGUACAGCGAGUUUGCGGAAGAAUCUUUUGGAAGCCAGUUGGUGAAUGGAGUCCAGCUGCUGAGCAUGAACAAGCCCAAGGACGAACGUGGCUACUACUACAACAGCCUCCAGCUAGACUUCGAGCCCACUGAGAAAACCGGCCCGCACGAUGCUGACCACACCGAGUGCUGCCGUCCAUUCGUCGUGGCAUCACAGACAGUGUCGUCUUCGCUGCAGAAGCACAAGCUCCUCCAAGAACUUGAGUUUGCUAAGCAAGAGGUCAAGAGGAAGGUGUCGUCAGUUACCGAGGAUGCCCUGAAAAGGAUGGCAGGUUCGGCAUCCGUGGAAACGACGAGCAAAGACGGGCAAGAGUAAGCUCUAAAAUAAAGCGUUAACUUUGUACAUGUC